GCAUCAAACCCCUCCUCACUCUCUCCCCCAAAACCCCAAAUGGCCACGCGCCUCGCUUUCCGCCUCAAAUCCCACCUCCUCCGCCGCCCCUCCUCCGCUCCCUCUUCCCUCAUCCACCUUCGUACCUACUCCAAAUCUCCGCCGUCCAUCUUCUCCUCACUCCAUCACACCCAGCCUCUCCCGCCGUCUCUCCGCUUCCUCUCCACCGCCUCCCGCCGCGGCCCGGUCCGGCCCAAAUCCGUCGACAUCGGGGCCCGCGCCCGCCAGCUCCAGGCCCGCCGCCUCUGGACCUACGCCCUCACCUUCAGCUGCAUCGCCGGCUUCAUCGUCAUCGUCCUCAACAGCUUCCAAGACCAGCUCGUCUUCUACGUCACCCCCACCGACGCUCUCGACAAGUACAACACAAACCCUAGCAAGUCCAAGUUCCGCCUCGGCGGCCUGGUCCUCGAAGGCAGCGUCGUCCAGCCGGCCUCCUCGCCGGAGAUUGAGUUCGUCAUCACCGAUCUCAUGACCGAUAUCCUCGUCCGGUACAAAGGCUCCUUGCCGGAUCUGUUCCGGGAGGGCCACUCCGUCGUGGUGGAGGGGUUCGUGAAGCCUUUCACCGACGAAAUCCGCAAGGAGGUGUCGACGAAAAGCGUCUCCGGUAAGGCGAGGACCGGAGAGUGUUACUUCUCGGCGACUGAGGUGUUGGCGAAGCACGAUGAGAAGUACAUGCCGGGGGAGGUUGCGGCGGCGCUGGAGAAGAAUAAGAAGAAGCUUGCGGAGGAGGCGAAGUCCGGCGGUGAGGGUGGAGCUGAUUUGGAGAGCAAUGCCGGUGAAGGCAGAGCUGAUGGAGCAGCAGUAGUUAAGAGCUCUUGAAUUUUCGGGGUACGAGUUCGAAUUUGUCAACUUUUUUGUUAGUGAUGUUUCAUUUUUGUGUAGCAUAUAUAGGUUUGAUUGGCGAAAAUCCGAAAAUGGAUAUACUUGGAGGAUAGUUGGAAAAAUUGAGUUAAUUGAUUAAUGUUUAGGGUGAGGGAGUAGGCAUUGGAGUUUGAGGGAGAGAGAAAUAUGAUUUUGGAAGUUUGAGGCUUUUAAAAUUCCAAUUUUUGUUGUUGUAGCACGAUGACAUUGGCAGAUUCUAUAGUGUCUCAGUUUAAUUUAAGUAGCGAAUAAUGCCAUCGAUUGGAAAUGGCAACAUCAAUUGAAAUUCUUGGCACAUUUUUGUAUCUGAUACUGCCUUCAACCUUGAGAUUUAUAUCAGUGAAUUGUGCUCGCUU